UUUUAAUUCUCGUUAAUUUUUGGUAAAAACAACACUCUUCCCCCCAAACAUCACCAUGGAGCGUACUUACAUUAUGGUCAAGCCUGAUGGCGUCCAGCGCGGUCUCGUUGGCGAGAUUGUCAAGCGCUUCGAGCAGAAGGGCUUCAAGCUUGCCGCUCUCCGCCUCAUGACCCCCACUGAGGAGCACCUGAAGCAGCACUACAAGGACCUCGCUGAGAAGCCCUUCUUCCCCGGCCUCAUCAAGUACAUGACCUCCGGCCCCGUCGUCGGUAUGGUCUGGGUCGGCAAGGGUGCUGUCACCACCGGCCGCAAGAUGCUCGGCGCCACCAACCCCGCCGACUCUGCCCCCGGCACCAUCCGUGGCGACUUCUGCAUUGAGGUCGGCAUGAACAUCUGCCACGGCUCCGACACCGUCGAGAACGCCGAGGCCGAGAUUGCCCUCUGGUUCCCCGAGGGUGUUGCCACCUACGAGAAGUCCGAGGAUGCCUGGCUGUACGAGAAGCGCAACUAAGCGUCUCGUCCCCCCUGUGGAUACACCCUGUUCCUCCUUCUCCCGUGUGUGCUCUGCAUGCCCACCUGCAUCGCCCACAUCAUGGGUCACUGCCACAAGUGCGCGCGCCCCCUUCUCUGUGCCCCGCUCCUCCUGCCGCGCCGCGGUCCGCGCGCGUGGCUGGCUGGCCGCGCGGGGGCUGACACAUCGGGGAGUGGCUCGCGCUUGUGCGCAUGUCCUCUCGCGGGUCGAUCCACCUAUCUCUCUUUCUCCCUCUCUCUCUCUCUCUCUUGCCUCUGUGCAUCUCGGUGCCGCGCGCCCUCCCUCCCGGGGAGGGGCCUUCGCGUGUUCCCUCGAGCGAGCGAGAGAGACGGGGGCCGACAGAGAGGGGCACUCAAAAUACACCCGGUCCCAAAAGCA